UUCUUAACAUAUCCAACUGAUUUGUGCAGAGUUCGCUGAGCCAUGUGGUAGCGACUGACGGCGGACCUGUGCCCUGUAAGGGAGCAAUGACCAAAGAUCCGCACUUGGCGUUGAAAGACCCGCUUCUCUCCUUCCGAUCGCCCCCCUUGAGCCGCACCAGUUCUGGAGGGCCCGAAGACGUGCCACCCUCGCGGCGUCCGGUAGACGACCUCCAUGACUUCACGAAGGAGUUCAUCGAAAGAGGCUACCACGCUGAGUACUGCAACUGGAGGGACAGUUACCUGAAGUGGAGACAGGGCGACAGCAAAGGAGCCAAAGGAGAAAAUGUGGAAUCGACCCACAUCAAGAACAGGAUGAGCACCUUUGAGUACUGGUAUCCGACGGUGUCAGCCUACAACUUUCGACGAACUUGUGCUUAUUGGAUCGGAGUACUUUUCGUUGAGGGUUGCCUUUUCUUUCUUUGGCAGCCCUUGUUUGAGUACUACUGGGCACACCCUCCCGAGCGGAUGGAGUUUUGGAUUGCCAAGAUGCCCAUCUUGAUGGGAACCACCAUUUUUGGAGCUGGGAUCUACAUGGGCUAUGUUGAGCUGAUCAACAUGGACACUGACACCAGCUUAACCCGCCCCAACUUCUUCUGGUGCGAUUGGAAGGGGCUCUACCGGCUUCUCCAACAGCGAGAGGAAGGCGAGAGCGACCGGGGCGACGCCGAGUCGGACAGCGACUCGAGCUCCAGCGAGGUCUACUGGUACCAGCCCUUGUCGUCGAUCGCCGGAUGGCUGAUCUAUGUGGCUGGGGCAAUCCUCUACCAAGUGGCCAAUGUGGCAGACAUGUUCGACUUGGAAGAGGACCAGCAUGACUAUUUGGUGGGGUGGCCUUUGGUCUUUGGAGGCUUGAGCUUCUUCCUGGGCGGAUGCUGCGAGCUCAUCCACAACCGAUGCUGGGCGACAGCUCCCAACACCUUUGUUUGGUGGUCCUCAGUUUGCAACUUUGUGGGCGGCAUUGGCUUUUGGUUCUGCGCAUGCCCUGGCAUCUUCACAGGCUAUACCACCUUGAUUGGUGUCCAAGGCACUGUUCUCUAUUUGAUCGGAGCAAUCUUGGGCUUAUGCAUGUGGCGAACUGAGCAGUUUGGCCUCAGCUUGAUCUCCAACCUAAAUAGAGUCCAUCGGGUCGGUGGGACGCAGAUCGCCGUGCGCACGGAGAAGACCACCGGCGUAAGCCAAGUGGUUCCCAUCAGCAGAGCAGCCAGUUCACCCAACCAGGCUUUCAAGCUGGAUGAUGUGGACAAUGUUCUGGAAGAUAAGCUCUCCUGGAGGGGCUUGAGCUUUGUGGUCAUGUGCACCUUGUGGGGUUCCUCCUCGCUGCUGGGUGUGCUGACGGUUCCAGCUGCUCCCUGGGAGUAUGAAUCAACAUCACGAACGUUGAGGAGGCACUUGAUAAGUCAAGAGAUGACCAGCAUCGCCCAUGCGAUAGGUGCUCACCUGAUCAUCCUUUUGAACUCGGUGUCGGUGCAUGUACCCUCCGAAGAGCCUUACCGGCUGCUGACCUUGGCCAUGCGCUUGCUUGUGAUGGUCAUGACGACACAGGCGGUCAUGUCCGUUUCGACCUUCCUGGUUGACGAGCACCAAUAGCUUGUGAAAGAAGGUCUCUUGUGACUCGAGGCGCAAAGAAGCCAAGACGGGUGAUUUCGCAUGGCGAGACGGGGACUUUGACUUCGAACUUCAUUGAAGUCAAGUGGAAGUCGUUCAGGAAACUGAAGGCGAUUUUUGAUCGGUUUUGUAUUUCAAGCUUGCGCUCCUCAGCGUUUUCAUCGUUCGGCUCCCCAAUAGCUCCGCGAAGCGUGAGUGUUUGAGCCCGGCCCAUCGCCGAAGCUCAGCGUGAGGACCGUCGAGGCCACGAUUAGGUCAAACA